GCUAAUCAGGGACUUCCAUGGAUGUGCUCGUAUGAGGACAGUUUGUAGAGGCGUCAGUGUGUACCUGCGGCCUAAUGGACUUCCUCUUUGGAAGAAUUCGCGUGGGGGUUACUCGCUUCAAUGAGACCUGAAUAUCAUCAGCCUUUGAAUGUGGAACAAGAAAUGUUUUAACUAAUCACACAGCCUAAAAAGACAUUGCCCCAAUCACAGCAGAGAGAAACCGUAUACGUGUUCUUUAUGUAGGCGAGGCUUCAACUGAUUGCCCAUCCUGGAGGGAGACAAGACACCCACCAUGGAGAAACCAUGGAAAUGUGGAUAUUGUGGGAAAGGAUUCAGCUACCCAUCCCAGAUAGAAAAUCAUCGACGCAGUCACACCGGGGAGAGACCUUUCAGCUGCUCCAUUUGUGAGGAAGAAUUUACUCAGAAAUCCAGCCUUUUGACACACCAACGAAUUCACACUGGGGAGAGACCAUUCGUCUGCUCUGAAUGUGGGAAAGGAUUUACUCAAUCAGCCAGCCUGCGGAGACACCAGCGAGUUCACACUGGGAAGAGACCGUAUACCUGCUCCGUGUGUGGGAAGGGAUUCACUCAGUCAGCCAACUUUCUGAGACAUCAGCGAAUUCACACUGGAGAGAAGCCAUUCACCUGCUCCAUGUGUGGGAAAGGAUUUAUUCAGUCAUCUGAGCUUCUGACACACCAGCGAGUUCACACUGAGGAGAGACCUUUUCAAUGCUCUGACUGUCGGAAACGCUUUAAAAGUACAAAGCAGCUCCUUGCCCAUCAGCGCACUCACACUGGGGAGAGGCCAUUCACCUGCUCCGUUUGUGCAAAGGGAUUCACUCGUUCAUCCACCUUACUGACACACCAGCAAGUUCACACUGGGGAGAAGACAUUCAUCUGUCCUCAGUGUGGGAAGGGAUGCAUUACUUCAUCCCACCUACUGAUACACCAGCGGGUUCACACUGGAGAGAGGCCGUUCACCUGUUCAAUGUGUGGGAAGGGAUUCAUUCAGUCAUCACACCUCCAGAAACACCGGAGAGUUCACAAGUGAUUGAAGGGGUUGGAUGCAGCUCUUAUUGCUGCUGUUAAUCACAUCAGGACUAUUCAUUUUCACAGUUGGAAUUUGUUUCUGCUAAUGUUAAAAAUCCCUAUAUCUUUAAUUAAAAAUGAAUUUGAUUAGUUUAAUUUGAUGAUUAAUUAAUGUAAUAAAAUUUAACUGGCUGUUCUUGGGUGACUUUUUUGAAUAUAAUAAAAAAAUUCACCUGAUUGGCUGUUCCUUUGUGGCAGUUUCCAGUGCUUCGAUUUUUCUCUCCCCUCACACAUCAGGGACUUGGCUAUGUGAGUCCUCAUUUGCUGCUGAAAGCUUCUGAGGGAAUCCACUUGUUUUCACUCUUCUGAGGGAAUCAUGCUUGUGAAGGAGGUACUUAGAAGAUGCUUGUUGAUAAUAUUAUGGAGCUACUAUUAACAUCGGAACAAUUUUUCUCAGCAUGAAGCUCCUACAGCAGGCUGUCUGGAGGUAUUUGUGAGAAGAUAACUGUAUUAGUCACGAACAUCUGCCCCCUUUGUUGGGUUUGGUCAAAGAUUUGCUGUAUGCUCACACUAAUGAGGAUCUUCAGUGAAACUAUGCCAAACUGACAGGGGAUCCCAUAGCAGAGGCUGCACCAGCUACUUUCAAAUAUGCCACAUGGCGGUACAACUGAAGACAACUCUGGACUGUCUGCCACAGACAGGACUUGCCUCACCAUGGAAGCAACAGUACAAAUUAUGCUGAGGCUGCAAAGCAAAUCCUAAAAGACCAGAUCUUCCAGUGUGUAAAGGGCAUGUAAAGUUGUUAAGUUUCUUGCUGAUGAGGAUGGUGGGGUGUUAUGAAAGGAGGAUCAUGGAUUUGGCAAAUGGGAAAAUAAAUGCAACCAGAUAGAGGAGAUACCUUUCCAGGGGUGGCAAGAUAACUGCGGAGAUGGUGACACCAUUGGAAUCUGGCUUAUUUAAGGUACAAAGUGCAUCCACUGCUGACAAGUAUCAAGUGGACAUAGAGAUUGGAAUGUGCACAUGGCUUUUUGAGUUCAAAGGCGCACUUUGUAAGCAUCAAUAUACCAUAGUGAAACAUUAUAGGAUUCAUUCAACUUCCUCCCUAUCAAUGUUGAUAGAAUGCACCUAAAGCUGCUCUACCUAGCUACUGGAAAUGAAAAUAUACUAGAGGGUUGGUUUGUCCCCCUGCCUGCAGGUCCCCAUAAAGCACACCAGAGAGAAAAAGUCCCCACAGGUACAUGUGCAAGCUGAACAUAUGCAGGAAACCAUGGGAAGCAGAAAUAAUUACAUAAAUGGUGACCGUGGUCAUUCUCAGAUAGAGUGGAACCUUGAGAGAUUAGAAGUGGAUGUGAUGAAAGUGACACAUUGUCUUCUGAAACAGAUGAGAGAAAAUCCCCAGGAACUUAUGCCAGCAGUUCAAGCAUUGCACAGCAAAGUCAGAAACAGACGACUGAUUCUGCAACUGUGUCUGCACUGAUGACAUUUGGGGAGUAUGUUGGGGCUGCUGCUUCCUUGGCUCCCAGGUACAAGUUUGGACCAUUGCAAUUACGACGAGGCACAGAAAUCAAGGUACAACCAACUGCAGCUAGCAAGAGAAUAAGUGCACUUGGUGGAAGAUGCUGCCUUCAAACAAGAAGGAAACUGAAAAUUGCUGGUGGGUGCAGAGAAGCUGCAGCAGAAGAAAUGAAAAUGCAUGCGUGAAUUUACUUCCAAAAUGACAGCCAAGGAGGACAACACAUAACCUGUGUCAUUGUGUGUCAGUCAGCAAGAAUUUCAGAAAAAGUCACUCAUUCAAAUGCUAAAAUGUUGUUGGUAGUAGAGGUUCGUUAACUUCCUGAUUUAAUUUUAAGAAAAGAAGUGUGUUACACAUUGUCUGGGAGUGGUGAGGGAUGUCUAUGAGCGAUGAGGUGGUCACGAGGCCAAAUCUAUGCAGGAAGUAUAUUUGAUGAUGAAUAAUAUUAUAAAAGUUAUGUUCAAAAUUUCUCCUGGUCUUAUAUGAAUUAUUGUAAUGCUACACAUGUAUACGCAAAGCAUCUCACUAAUAUAGUAGAAGUUAUGUUUAAAGUUCAUAUUAAUAUUAAUUCUACACAUGUACU